AGUAUUCAGAAGUAUAAAACGAGGGAAGGGUUGAAGGUAUAGUAAGAGACGCUGAUAGUUGAAGAAGCAUCUGAGGUUUUGAACAGUGUUCCGUGACUUCUCCAGGAGAUACAGCCACAAAGCGUUUCAAGACCUUGGACAGCACCCGGUACCCGAGCAGAACAGCGGAUCAUUUUGGCAAAUGUAUAAAGCGAUGUUACAAAGGAACGGCUCCCAGCUCCUUUUUCUGAUAGCCCUGUGCAGUGUGCUAUAUUCCCGGACUCAGUGUUUUCCAUAUGCAUCUAUGAGACCGACGAGACACGCAGACGGUCUCUUUACUAGUGGAUACAGCAAACUUCUUGGACAGCUAUCGGCGCGACGGUACCUGGAAUCCUUGAUCGGAAAGCGAGUCAGUGAUGACAUGAUGGAAGACCAGGUACCAGUGAAGCGCCACUCAGAUGCCAUUUUCACAGACAACUACAGUCGCUUCCGCAAACAGAUGGCUGUAAAGAAAUAUCUGAACUCGGUUCUGACAGGAAAGAGAAGUCAAGAAGACCCUCCCAUGCAAGAAGAAUCCAGAAGUGAGCCUUCGUUUCAAGAGAGCUAUGAUGAUGUCAACGUAGAUCACCUUCUCAAUAACUUCCAAUUGCCACUCUGAAGAAGACCCACUGGUGCGACGACCUCAAUCAUCAACCUCUUCGAUCUGCCAUUCAAAACAAUAUUUAAGUUCUUCAACAAUGAACUAAAAGUCAUGUGUGGUUAUCUCUACAGUAUAAAGUGAAUGUUUACAUUGUAUAUAAGAUAUACUAAAACAAAAAAUAUUGGUCUAAAGAUGUAGGCCACAGUAAAUAUUAUACAUGUCCACCUGGGAUUAGAUAGAUUUGCUUUGUCCAGGACUCUGUAAAUGGUAGUUCAAUAAAUGCAUUCUAAACAAGCUUUAUACUGCUAUAGAAUACCAUCAGCUUAAGCUGAUGGUACUCUAUAUCAGUAUAAAGCUUGUUACUUCUUCUGUUUAAGCUCAUGGUACUCUAUAGCAGUAUAAAGCUUGUUACUUCUUCUGUUUAAGCUGAUGGUACUCUAUAGCAGUAUAAAGCUUGUUGCUUCUUCUGUUUAAGCUGAUGGUACUCUAUAUCAGUAUAAAGCUUGUUACUUCUUCUGUUUAAGCUGAUGGUACUCUAUAUCAGUAUAAAGCUUGUUACUUCUUCUGUUUAAGCUGAUGGUACUCUAUAGCAGUAUAAAGCUUGUUACUUCUUCUGUUUAAGCUGAUGGUACUUUAUAGCAGUAUAAAGCUUGUUACUUCUUCUGUUUAAGCUGAUGGUACUCUAUAGCAGUAUAAAGCUUGAUACUUCUUCUGUUUAAGCUCAUGGUACUCUAUAGCAGUAUAAAGCUUGAUACUUCUUCUGUUUAAGCUGAUGGUACUCUAUAGCAGUAUAAAGCUUGAUACUUCUUCUGUUUAAGCUCAUGGUACUCUAUAGCAGUAUAAAGCUUGUUACUUCUUCUGUUUAAGCUCAUGGUACUCUAUAGCAGUAUAAAGCUUGUUACUUCUUCUGUUUAAGCUGAUGGUACUCUAUAGCAGUAUAAAGCUUGAUACUUCUUCUGUUUAAGCUCAUGGUACUCUAUAGCAGUAUAAAGCUUGUUACUUCUUCUGUUUAAGCUGAUGGUACUCUAUAGCAGUAUAAAGCUUGUUACUUCUGUUUAAGCUCAUGGUACUCUAUAGCAGUAUAAAGCUUGUUGCUUCUUCUCUUUAAACAGAAGAGGACCACAUUUAGAGCGGCUAUGAUGCAUAUAAUUACUUUAUAUCCAUGUGGAACAACGCUAUACCUUGUGCAAAAACUUACCUAGAGCAUUUAGUUCUGUGAAACCGUCCACCAAAUAAAAUAUGUCCAUUUCUUUUUCAAAGCUGAGUAAUUUUGUAAGUAAAUAUUGAUGUUGAUUAUUUAUUUUCAUGUAAAAAACAAACUUGUUGGGAGAAAAGUUAUUGCUAAGUUACUUACAAAUUACGUCACAAACUUACGGUUGCACUCAACACGUGCUUUGAUGACCUGCUCAGCUGAAUGAAGAUGGGAAACAAAGACUAUUACAUUUGAUUUUAUGAAUAUCAACUUCAUAGCAUUUGAAAUGAAUUGAUCAGUUUCAUGCCAAUGUGACAAAUUAGCAUGUUAUUUGCUAUCAAAUCAGCACAACAAAGAGAAGAACUUGAAAGCAAUGACCUUCUCAGUCUCAGUUACACAGUGGAAAUAUUCAAACUAGAUAAUGGCAGGGAUCUCCUUUUCAAAAAAGUAUUAUUCACUUCAAAGACAUGAGACAAAGCAUAGAAUAUCAGAUAAACAUUAACAUGAAUUUAUGUCAACGGACAUACUGUAGAUAAGCCAUAUACUGUAUUUUAAUCAUCACAGUUAUGAGAGGACUGUGACAAAGAUGACUGAGAAAUUGUUUCCACAUAAUUAUUGGUACAUUUUCUGAACUAAUGUAACUUCGAAUAUAUUCAGUGAAUAAAAUGACGUAUACUUGUGCAAUUGUU